CCUAUUAUUCGAAUUUUUAAAAUGAGCAUUAUUCUAGACAUUAGAGUAUUUUUUGUAGUGAUUAUAAGGUUGAAUUCAAAUUCAAAAAUAUCUUCAUUCAGUAGGUAACAUAGUUACACUUUGAAUCUUCAAUUUUACAUGUAUAACGAACGUCUCAUCCGCCUAAAACUACUGCAGCUUCUCACAACCUGUAUAGCCGGGGAAAAGAAGCUGCAAGAAAAACCUCGGCACUAAUGAUGAAAUGCUUGCAUUCCAAACAGCAACUGAAGGCAACUUUCUCCGUGUUAAUUUAACAUGCCGUAAUGCCAUUAAAAUCUAUCACAGUAUUCACAGUCUCUGAACGUUUCUUGUUACUGUCAAACUCACGUUUGAUUUGAGGUUAUCAGUCAUAACCAUAACAAUUAUUAGUGCUUUUCGAAAUAUUCUCAGAUAACAGAAAUAUGAGUAAGAAGUUAAAGGAUCUAAAAUGGGAGUCUGUAGCGGUAGAAGGCUUCCCGGUGUCCUUUAACAGUAAUUUUCAGGGUUUCGUGGGACUUGAAGAGUGCACAAACUAUGGAUUGGAUAAAGAUAGUAAAAGACCAAAAAAAAAAAAAGCUCCAAAAAAGCGGAAGAAUGCUACUAAAUCUAUAGAGGCAGAGGUGCCUAACAAGAAAGUCAAACUUAGUAAUGGUUUUGUGGUAGAAAAUUGUGAAAUUGUCACACCAUCUCUAACAAAUGAAGACAAUGUGGUUCAGAGUGGUAAAAAGGGCAAAAAGAAAUCUAAAAAUAGCGGAGUCACUACAGCAGAAAACUCACAAGCUAAUGCAAAUGCUAAUGAUAAGAAAAAUAAGCAAAAACUAGGUGAAGACAUAUCACAAAGAGUUUGUGACUUGACUCCAGAAGACAUGUUGACGUGGGCAGAAUUCAAACUACCAGAGCCUAUAUUAAAGGCGCUGGCAGAAUUAGGCUUCAAGAAGCCUACUAUAAUACAGGAGUUAACAUUACCAGCUGCUAUACAUGGCAGAAGAGACAUCUUAGGUGCAGCUGAAACAGGCAGUGGUAAAACCCUAGCGUUCGGCCUCCCCAUACUGACAGGCAUCAUGAAAUUAAAAGAAAAAGCUGCUAUGGGUUUGGAUGCUUAUGACAUACCAUACAAAAAGACCUCUAACAAGAAAAGGGACAAAAAACCUGAACUUGAACCUAAAUGUAAUAAAAAAAAUAAGAAAAAUAUCAGAGAAAAUAAUAACAAGAAGCAGGAAGUAAAAGCGAAAGAGUCUUCAGAAGACGGUUACAGCAGUGGUGAAGAUAGUACUGGUGAAGUAGAAGAAAAAAAUAAAAAUGUAAAAAGUGUAAAAAAAGAAAAAUCAAAGAAGGUUAAUGAUGAUGACGAAUUUAUAGAAGAAAUUGAAGUGCCUGUAAGAAAAAGAAGAACCGCUUCAGAAGAUGAAGGUAACAACAGUGAUGAUAGUGACAACUACAUCCAUUUAUCAGACAUGCUGGAGUCUGAUGAUUUAGCUGACUCUAGUGAUGAUGAAAAAUCCACUGAAGGUGAAGAAAAAUUUGAUGAGGAUGAAAGUGAUGAAGAGAAUAUUGAUGAAGAAAAUUCUGAUGAAGAAGAUAAUAUUGAAGAGUCUGUUGAAAGUGAUGAAGACAACGAUGACGUAGACAGAAAUAGUGACGCUGAAUCUGGUGAUGAAAUGAUUGAAGAUGAAGUUGAUGAAAAUGAGCAAGGUAUAGGAUGUGUGAAAGUGAUAGACAACAUAGACAUGCCGGGACAAGUCACAGUCAAGACUGGCAAGCCUCUGUAUGCCCUCAUCCUGACUCCGACGCGAGAACUGGCCAUCCAGAUCAGCAGACAUCUCAUUGCUGUUGCUAAGUAUACAGGUAUUCGUGUAGCGACGGUAGUAGGUGGCAUGGCGUCGGUGAAACAAGAGAGGGUGCUGCGGUCCGGGCCCGAGGUGGUGGUGGCGACGCCGGGCCGCCUGUGGGAGCUGGUCACGCGCGGGCAGCCGCACCUGCAGCAGCUGCACUGUGUCAAGUUCCUAGCAAUAGACGAGACAGACCGCAUGGUAGAGCGGGCCCACUUCCAGGAACUCCACCCGCUGCUGGAGCGCCUCAACGCGGAGGAGGACCGGCGCUCCACCAGGCAGAACUUCGUGUUCUCCGCAACACUGACCAUGGUGCACGAUCUGCCUAAGCAUAUGCAAGGAAAGAAGGUAACGAAACGCGGCAAGAUAAUAAACCGGAGGAUUGAGAAGAUGACCCCACAACAGAAGGUGAAGAAACUAGUCUAUAUGAUCGGCAUGACUGACCCUAAGGUGGUCGACAUUACGCAGCAAAACCUUGGCACAGCGGAAACCCUAACAGAGAGCAGAAUAACGUGCUCUAUGGAGCACAAGGACUCGUAUCUGUACUACAUACUGAAACGGCAUCCGGGGCGAGCCAUAGUAUUCUGUAACUCCAUCGGAAGUGUUAGGAGACUAGCUCAGCUGUUGACGAUACUGAAGUGUCGCCCGCUGCCGCUACACGCCAACAUGCAACAGCGACAACGGCUGAAGAACCUUGAGAGAUUCCGUGACGAUCCACACGGCGUGUUAGUGGCUACGGACGUGGCGGCGCGCGGUCUGGACAUACCCGACGUAGACCAUGUCAUACACUACCAAGUACCACGGACUGCUGAGAACUACGUGCACCGCAGCGGGCGCACGGCGCGGGCCACCAAGGAGGGGCUCACCAUCCUCAUGAUGGAGCCUGCUGAGGCGUACACCUACGCCAAGCUGUGCCGCACUCUCAAUAGAACGUCGGAAGUGCCGAUGUUCCCGGUGCAGCCCGCGGCGCUGGCCGCGUUCAGGGACGCGGUGCAGCUGGCGCGGGACAUCGAUGCGCUCGAGCUGAAGCGCCGCCGCGCCGCGCAAGCCGCGGGCUGGAGGGAGAAGGCUGCCAGGGACAUGGACAUCAUCAUCGAUGAUGAUGUUCCGGAAGCAAAACCAGAUUUGUCCAUAGACAAGGCUCUGAAGGCUAAGAAGCGACAAUUGGAUUCUCUGCUAACCAGACCGAUGUUCCCUAAGGGAUUCUCCUACAAAUACCCUACUCUGAACGACCCUACUGCCCUGACAUGGUCCGAAGAAAAGGCUCUGCAGGUGAUGAAAAAUGCGAUAGUGUCAGGAGAACUGAAGAAGGAAAAGAGAAAAAGCAAAAACGCACCUCUGUUGAAACUAGAGAAAGCUCUCAAGAAGAAUUAGUACUUGUAAUAUGUAGAAUAAAUACAGAGAAAUAUAAUUUGCAACA